CACCACGAGGCUCACUCACACUUACUUGUCUCAACUCAACCCAACCUCCGACAUACGGACAGAGCUUGUCGCCGUCGUCGAGAUUCGAAACCGGCCAGAAGAGCAGAAAGCCUCCUCAAUCAAAACUCGGACUUUCAAGCUCCAUGGCCGCUUCGAGCGCAAUGGCAGCGAGCCCCGGCACUCUCCGCCCUUUCCACUUGCCCUCCCGGGAGCUCCCCCUCGUGGACUCCGCCGCCUCAGUCCUCUUCAAUCCCCAGCUCUCUCGCCGGUCCGGGGCAAUCCUAAGAUGCCGGAACCGGAGACAUUCCCCCGUUCUCCCCGUAAUCAGAGCCCAGAGGUCCCCCGAUUAUCUCCCGGACGCAAGAUUCUACAAAGUUGAAGCGAUACUGAGGCCAUGGCGGGUGUCUCAGGUUUCAUCUCCCAAAGUUCUCAUUUUCUGUCUUCUUAUCUGGGUUUUCAAGGCUCUGCUUGAGAUGGGGAUUCGUGGAGUGACAGUUUCUGAUGUUCGGGGCUUCGGUGCUCAGGGUGGUUCAACAGAAAGACAGGGAGGUUCUGAAUUCUCGGAGGACAAGUUUCUUGCUAAAGUUAAGAUGGAGAUUGUCGUGAACAAAGACCAGGUUGAAGCAGUAAUUGGCAAGAUUAUUGAGGAGGCGAGAACAGGAGAAAUAGGUGAUGGCAAAAUCUUCGUGGUGCCCGUUGCAGACGUCAUCAGAGUUCGGACAGGUGAACGCGGAGAGAAUGCCGAGAGGAUGAGCGGAGGUCGAUCUGACAUGAGUUCGGCUUCGUGACGUUUGUGCAUGGCAGCAUAGGAUGUAGCAUCUCCCUUCUUCCAUUCUGAUGUCUGUGCCGUUGAGAAAUAAAACGAGACCAUCGAGAAGACCUUAUAGAGUCUUGCUGUAAGAACUUUAGAUUGAAACUAAUGUCAAUAUUUAUGGUUUCUUAAUAAUGUUUAGAGGCUCUUCAGAGA